CUCAUUAUAUGAUGAUCGAUUUAGAAGUGCAACUCUAUUCUAUAGAUAUAUUUAGAUAAUCGAAAGAGUUAAAUGUUUUUAUUAAUAAUCUGCAGUAUAUAAAUUAAACUACUUUAUUUUCUUUUUAUGUUAAUAAUACCCUAAUGCAGAAAAAAAAAACAAAGAAAUAUAUAUAUAGUCUGACAUUUAAAGCUGGAGUUUCUUUCUCGGUUUCUCCGUGUUAAUGGGAGUAGAUUGAUGUGCAGGUUUUCCCGAUCCAAAAAACACUGGUUCACGUUAUAACUGUUGAAGCAUGGCUCUUUCCUUCAAUCCCCAAUUCUCAAAGAAUCAAAACCCUUUUGAGAUUGAGUUUCCAAGUCUCUCCCUUUAUCCUCCUCCCAUGGAGAUGAUGCAUUCAGGGCUUCAACGAUCUUUGGUCGAUCCAUCAUAACAGCGAAAAUCCAGCAUACGCAUUUGAAACUAUUCACGGAUUCAAGGCAAGGGUUCUCUUUGAAGGCUUUUGCGCAGCGUCAAAGAAUUGAGCAACAUCCUAAUAAGAGCAAGCUGCAGAUUCUGCCUGAAGUGGAAAAUAAGUGUGAUAUAUUUAAUGAUCUAAAAGAUAGGUUUUUGGGUUUUAAGAAGAAUAAAUAUUUGAAAAACAUAGAACAUUUCCAAGAACUUGCCCAGGCUCAAGCACCAAAGUUCAUGGUUAUUGCCUGUGCAGAUUCUAGGGUUUGCCCCUCUCAUAUUCUAGGAUUUCAUCCAGGAGAAGCAUUCAUGAUCCGCAAUGUUGGUAAUUUGGUUCCUCCCUUUGAGAGUGGGCCGUCUGAAACAAAUGCUGCCCUAGAAUUUGCUGUGAACACCCUUGAAGUUGAGCACAUCUUAGUCAUUGGCCACAGCUGCUGUGGGGGAAUACGUGCCCUUAUGAGUAUGCAAGAUGAUGCCAAUGAAAGUAGUUCCAGUAGCUUUAUAAAUAGCUGGGUGGUAGUUGGAAAGAAUGCCAGAAUCAAAACUGAAGCUGCUGCUUCUCAGCUGAACUUUGAUCAACAGUGCAGCCAUUGUGAGAAGGAAUCAGUUAACAAUUCCUUGUUAAACCUACUUACGUAUCCAUGGAUAGAAGAAAAGGUAGCAAAUGGAAAACUAAAUGUUCAUGGUGGUUACUAUGACUUUAUCGACUGUUCUUUUGAGAAAUGGACGAUGAGUUACAGGGAAACCAAAAUGGCUAAAAAUAGCAGAAUUGCAGCUGUAAACAAAAUGUUUUGGUGCUGAGUGUUACUUCUAUUUCCCUGUAUAAAUUAUAUUAUUCUUUUCUUCUAAUAUUUGUAGCAUGACUAAAUCAUAGGGUGACUUAUGUGUAUCAGUACAACUUAUGAAAUAUUGAAAUUCAAUUGAUUUGAAGUCUUGA